CAAAAUCACUGCACGAACCAGAAUGGGAUCUGAAACGCAUCGCAAGUUCACAAGCCGACCGGACGAAAGGAGGCAAAAAGCAUUUGUGAUAUUGAUGUCCUUGACAUAAACGGAUUCAGGAUGCUUUGUUUUAGUCGUAGUUUUAAAUAAUUAUUUCCAGGUCAAGGGAUCGGCGUUUCCUGUGCGGUUUGUACUGAAGAUGGCCGGUGAUGGAGGCACACUCAAGGAUAUCAAUGAAAUUAAAUCACAAUUCAGGACCAGAGAGGGUUUUUACAAACUACUGACAUUAUCGGAUUCACAGCAGCGGGGAGGAUUACCUCGAGGUCCAACAACGAGCACCACGGUGGGCCCUGGGUCAGGAUCGGGUUCAAUACCCGGCGGUGGUGUUGGACUGGUGCAAGGGCCCGGGGCUGCCUCAUCUUCCAGUGCCGCAGCCAACUCCUCUCCAGCGGGAUUCCUUCCUCCGGUGCGAGUCUCUAUGGUUAAGCUUCAGCCGGAAGAUCCCAGCGAAGACUCUGAACGUGUGUGUUUCAACAUAGGAAGAGAACUUUAUUUUUACACCUACACAAACAUUAAAAAGGCUGUCGACCUCAGUAAGCCAAUUGACAAAAGGAUAUACAAGGGCACUCAACCGACCUGUCAUGACUUCAACCAGUAUUCUGCUACAGCGGACAGCGUGGCCCUUAUUGUGGGGUUCUCUGCUGGCCAGGUGCAAUACCUGGAUCCCAUCAAGAAAGAGACCAGCAAACUAUUCAACGAAGAGCGUCUGAUCGACAAGACAAAGGUGACCUGUCUGAAGUGGUUACCGAAAUCAGAGAAUUUGUUCCUGGCCUCUCACUGCAGCGGGCACCUGUACUUGUAUAAUGUGGAGCACCUGUGUGGAACUACGGCUCCCCAAUAUUCACUGCUGCGUCAAGGUGAAGGAUUCGCAGUCUACGCCUGCAAGAGCAAGACGCCCCGUAAUCCGCUGCUGCGCUGGGCUGUGGGCGACGGCGGCCUGAACGAGUUUGCCUUCUCCCCCGACGGUGUGCACGUGGCCUGCGUCAGCCAGGACGGCUGCCUACGCGUCUUCCAUUUUGAUUCCAUGGAGUUACAGGGGGUCAUGAAAAGCUACUUUGGCGGGCUGCUCUGCGUGUCGUGGAGCCCCGACGGCAAAUACCUGGCCACGGGGGGCGAGGACGACCUGGUGACGGUGUGGUCGUUCACAGAGAGCCGUGUGGUGGCGCGCGGACAUGGGCACAAGUCGUGGGUAAACGUGGUGGCCUUUGACCCCUUCACCACCAGCCUGGAGGACGACGAAACAGGGGAGCAGAGCGGGAGCGAGGAGGACUUGCAUCAACCAGGUGGUGUUGGUGUUGGUGGUGGAGGAGGAGGAGGAGUAGGAGGUGGGGGACUGCAUUUUGGAAGGGUGCGCACCAGUAGCACGCUCUCCCGCCUCUCGCGGCACAGCUCCAAGGGCAGCCGAGCGCCGUCCGUGACGUACCGGUUUGGCUCGGUGGGCCAAGACACUCAGUUCUGCCUGUGGGACUUGACCGACGACGUGCUCUACCCUCGCCUGCCGCUGUCCCGCGCCAUCACCAACACGUUCGGCUCGGGGGUGCCCACCUCCGGCAGCACCAACAUCAACGCCAACCCGGCCGCCGCCGUGGUGGAGGGCCACCAUCACCCCUCCACCAACCUCCACCAGCCGCCCACGCUUCCGCUUCCGCGCUCGCUUUCUCGGUCCAACUCUCUUCCGCACCCUGCCGUGGCCAAUGCCUCCAAGGGUCAAAGUGGGGGGGACAGCAACAGCGGGGGUGGCAGUGGAGGAAGUAGCAACGCUGGUGGUGGAGGCAGCAGCGGUGGUAGUGGUAGUGGUGGUGGUGGUGGGGGGGGAACCUCCGCGUUUAGCAUCGGCCGCUUUGCCACGCUUUCCCUGCAGGAGCGCAAGUCCGACAAGAGCAACAGCGAGAAGGAGCACAAGCGCUACCAUAGCCUGGGCAACAUCAGCAAGAGCAACGACAAGAUCAACAUGGCGCCGCGCAGCAGCCGCCUGGACGCCUCCAAGGUGCUGGGCACCACGCUGUGCCCUCGCAUGAACGAGGUGCCCAUGCUGGAGCCGCUGGUGUGCAAGAAGAUCGCCCACGAGAGGCUCACCGUGCUGGUGUUCAUGGACGACUGCAUCAUCACCGCCUGCCAAGAGGGGCUGAUCUGCACCUGGGCCCGACCCGGGAAAGUGCAUCCAAACCAAACACUGGGAGCACAGAACGGGAGUUCGCCCAGUGGCACGGUGGUAUAGCGGCAGGAGAAAGAAGACCAUGAUUGCACAGCUUCAGUUCCACUGCAGGCCCCCGUCCUUCUUGCCGUAGGUUUCUUCCUCCCAGAGGUGUCAAAACUCUGGUUCAGAAGUAAAAACCCUGCUGCAGUUCCCUGGCCACACGGGUGACUUCACUACACCUUCAGCGUUGCUUCUAGUCAGGCCAAGAGCAAUACAAAUAUUGUUUCUGAGCUCCGGAGAAAUCGGGAAGCAAUCAACUUUGAGCAGCUCCAACGGCCCUGGGAAGAGGUGUGUUCAAGACAGUGACGUGGUUUAAGCAGAGACGUUCUAUUGGGACUAAGAAAAUGUUUGUUUUAAACUUUGGCACAGCCUUUUCUGGCCUCAACCAGUAGCAAUCAAGGGAGGCGGGUCAACCAUGCAGUUUGGGAAAUGUUAAUUGUUAUGCUGUAGGUCAGGCCAAGUCUUGGCCAAGUCUAACCCUAGAUUUGAAAGUCGAUGAUAAUCAGUCUACUUCACUGUCUACCGGUACAGUGUCCUCAUUACAAUCUGAUGACUUAGAGCUGGUUGGAUCAAAUUUGUGGCAGGGUUUUUUUUUACUUUCUGAACCUGGGAUUGACACCGCUGCUUCCUCCCCUAUCCUCCUUGCGUCUGUGUGCACACACUGGCCAGAAUGCCAGCAUUAGGGGGAGUCACCCUGAAAAGGCAAUGUACGUAUCUACUUAAAAGGACUUUGACUCGCUGUGGACUGAUACAAGUUUUGUUUUUCUCUUCCAUUUCCUGCUUUUUUAUUUUCAUUGGUUUUUUUUUUCAACUUGUUUUAAUGAUCAUGGAUUCCAGUCCUGUUCUUGUGCCACUGGUUUGGUCCCCAGAUUGCGGUCCUCUGUGAGACGCCUCCUGAAGUAUUAUGGGAAAAGAUUUUCAGUGAGCAGUAACUUUGCUCACCAGAGUAAUGCCACGGCCAGUUUUUUAAUUAUUAUUAUUAUUAUUAUUUAUUUAUUUUACAAUGAGAUUGUACUAAUUUAUACUGUAAAUACUGAGACUAUUAAUGGAAGGGAGAAGUGUGUAACACCAGGACUCAUAAAAAUGAAGAAAAAGAAGAUUCAAAUAAUAUAUGAACGUCAUAUAUUGUACAUAAUGACACAUUAAAAGUGAAUGUUUGAAAUAUAGGGGGUGAUGUACUAUUCCUUUGUGCUAGAGUUCUUUGGGGAAAAUGUGUAUGUUUUUUUUUUUUUCGGUCACCUCGUCCAAGGUAUUUGAUCACAUUUCUCAAUGCAAUGGCAGCCGUGCUCUGAUGGUGGAGUUCUUUUUUUUCUACAGCAAGUCUGCCUUCAAAUCCAAAUGGAGCAUAGUCUAGCACUAUCCAUACAGCUGUGGAUCAGGUAUUUAAGCCUAAAACAGUGUAGCAUCCCCUGAGCUCCAUUCCUUUUACACCUGCAAUGCCUUGCAACAUUUUGCACAUUUUACUGUUGAAGUUGAAGCCCAAGGAGUACUGGAUGCAGUUGCUUCAAUUUGUUUGUUUUUUUGUUUGUUUUGCCUAUUAUUUUAUCUCUUCCUCACUGUCCUUCAUUUUCUCUGGAUGUACCAUCUGCCCUUAAAGCGACAUUCCACCAUUUUUUUUAAAUGUUCUUAUUGUCCACCUCAGCCUCAAUAAAUAAUUGAGUUUUACCUUUA